GACAUGUGGCCACUCUCUGUCUCAGAAUCUGCCUCAACUCUUUCUGUGAGAAAAUGUACCACGGGAAGGACCACUUGAAUAGUCAUCUGCAGACCCACGAUCCUAAUAAGCAGAACUUGCAGUGUGAGGAAUGUGGUAAGCACUACAACACCAGACUGGGUUACAGGCGUCAUGUAGCGACACAUGCUGCCUCCAGUACAGGAGACCUCACCUGCAAGGUUUGUCGGCAGAGUUUCGAUAGCAUGCCUGCCCUCCUGGAGCACCUGAGCACCCACACGGGUAGACCGCCACCGGCAGGCACUGCUGUGAGGGAGAGGAGGCACCCCUGUGACCACUGUGAUCGCCGCUUCUACACCCGCAAAGACGUGCGGCGUCACGCUGUGGUACACACGGGCCGCAGGGACUUCCUGUGCCCGCACUGUGCCCAGCGAUUUGGCCGCAGGGACCAUCUCACGAGACACCUGAAGAAGAGCCACGCUCAGGAUCCCAGUCAGCUUGCCCACAUGGCCCAAGGUGCUAUGAAAGAAGAGCCGAGCCCCACCUUAGGCCCUGUGACGCUCACAAAGGACGCCACAGAGGCCUUCUCAAUGAGCUUGUACAACCCUCAGCAUCUACAGAGUGCUUCUACCUCAGGGCUACGCCACCACCACCACCAUCACCAUCACCACCACUCUCUGGUGCCUGGCUCCCUCUCAGCUCCUUUGGGGGUUGGUUGCAGUAUGGAGCCUCCUAAGCUCCAGCAGCAGCAGCAGCAGCCGCAGCUUCAGCAGCAACAAUACCUACAGCCGUCUAGGUAUCAGUCUGGAUCUACCUCAUACCUGAAGGCAGAAAUGGAGAACCUCCUGGCAGAGCUCCAGUGCGGGCCACCCGCCCCUCAGGCAGCUGCUCCUGCUUCCUCAUCUCGACCAGGAGACUUGUUUCCAGAAGGCUUUGGUCAAGACCCUCACUUCCCACUCAGGAACUCUGCCUUCGCUAACACAGACCCCACCUCUGCUGCUAAUAUGGACCUCUCUCAUCUCCUAGGGUUCUUGCCAUUUGGUUUGCCUCCUUAUAGCAGUCCUUUGAGCACAGGAGGUCUUGUGAUGGGUUACUCAACGACCACCACAGCUGCCAAUUCUUCUGCCUCUUCUUCACAAGUGUCAGGGCCACUUCCCUCAUUUCAGCUGCAGCAGCCUCAGGAGUCCCAGACCUCAGGGCCCCUGAACCAGCUCCCUGCAGUGUUUAGCCCUGGUUUCAGUUCACACACACUGCCACACACACUGCCACGAUUCCACCAGGCUUUUCAACAGUGAAACCUCUGUGGGGAAAAAAAGAUGGCGUAAGAGCAUAGAAAAUAUGAUGUGGAGCCUGCUGAAUGAGAAUCUUAUAUUUUGAAUGAACCAGAUACACAGUUUACCCUGACGUCAAAGUGAACAUCUAUAGGCCUAAUUAGAUUAGUUUUAGUUGUUCCUCUGUAGUGUUCAUAGAUUUAUACAUUUUCAAGCCGUAAUCCCCUUUACUAUCUAUUUUCACCUCUGAAGGUUUUAAACCCAAGGGGCAAAUUUGGCCACAAAUAUUUCCUCAUUAUUUUAUACCCAUGAUUAAUUGCAUGAAGCAAAUUGACAUAGUGUCUUCUUGAACAGUGAAGCACUUUUAUUGCCUUUAGCACUUCUCUGACUGAAGUUGGAAUUCAGUCAAGUUCUACAACCUUUACAAAUGUUCAGAACCCAAGCUGAAUUCUCUCACCUAGUUUUACCUCAUGGACUGCACUGUCACAUGUUUUGUGUAGCACAUUAACUUGUUGCAGGAUUAACAUGAAUUUUAUUAUUGGAAUUUUAACAGAAGGGCAAUGGAUCUUUCAAAAUUUCAGGAAGUUUCAGAAUCAAAGUUACUCUGAUAGGGGUACAGUUUCCUAAAUUUGUUCUAGUAUAGUGAGGUUUGACCUAUUUUAGCAAAAGGAUGUUUGAUAUCCCUAAGUAGUGGCAUAUUUAGAUUUAGUUUGUGCUAGAUUGAGUAUCUGGUGUGUGUAUUGAUGGAAACCAUAAUUAAUCUCGUAUCUGCAAACAGUGAACUGGAUUUUUGUGAUUGGUUGGUGAAUUACUUUAGCGUAUAUGCGAUUCCCCAGAUUUCCCCUGAACAUUAGCAUGAUUUUGAAAUACUAUCAUAUACAAAGUGUGUGAAAUAAUGUUAAACAAGCAACGGUAUUCAAAUGUUUUGCUGUGAAACAUUACCUUAAAUUUGUUUUUAAACGAUUGUAAUCAGUUGUUUUUAAGUCUGAAAAUGCUGCAUUUAUCAAUAUUAUCUCAUCACAAUUAUCAUUUUAUUAUUAUCUAGCAUUUUACCAAAAUCCUCAAGAAUAUCUGAAAAGAGAAUAUUAUGAAUGAUUUGAACGACUGUAUCCAGAGAAGCAUUGGUUGCGACCUAGAAACAUUUACACUCAGUCUGAUGUGCAUUGGUAGGAUAAUCUUUGUAGAUGACAAAAGCCUGAAAAUCUGUCCCAGAUAUCAUUUCCAGGGAUUUUACACCAGAAUUUUGGGCUCUUUAAACUGUUUGACCUCAGAUUAACUGAGCACUUCUGUGGGAACUCAGUUAUCCAGGGAAAUGAUGCUGUGUAUCUUCUAUGUGACCAAUAACAUGAACUGCUUAUUUUGAUUUGUUAUUUGUUAGCAUUGUAGAAUCUACUUUUUUUUUUAACACAACAUACCUCAUUAUCAAUCCUGCUACCUGAAUCUGCUUUUUGCAGUGUAACAGUAUCACUUGAAACUUAAAAUGGAAGGUCAGAUUGCAAGUAAAUGUACAGUGGAUGAUAUCAAAAUUGUUAUCUAUGCUGUUACAAAUUGAUUUCAGAAGAAAUCAUUCUUGGGGCUAAUUAGACUAUAUGAUGGACAUGAUCAUAUAAUUGUGCAGAUUACUCCCUAUAGACAUCAGACAUAUGUUAUUCAGGGAGUGACACUCAAAUGAGUAUGCUGCACCUACCAACCUUUUGUAUCAUGAUGUUAUUUGAAAGACGUUCAUUGACUAAAUGAACACACGAGACGUUUUGUUUGGACUACUUAUAUACCUCACCCAACAUUGUGCCAGUCACACAAAUGCAGGGAUAUCAGUACUUGUGCACUUAACUAACAAUAUUCUGUUAGGCCCAUAGCUGUACAUUCCCUGGUAUUCAGUUUUGUAGUUAGAUCUGUGUAGUUACUGUGAUAUUUUGAUACUGGCUGACUACCUCAGACAAUAGCACUUUGGUGCUACACAUUGUACCUCAUGAUGAGAGAACUGUGUUUAGAGAAAUGUAUACAUUUUAGGAAAAUGGUUGUGUAUCUGUACAAGCUCAGCACGGGCAUUGACGAUACUGAUGUUUUAUCAAUCCUUUUAAAAAGAGAAUUAAAGUGAAAAGCAGAA